UUUAUUAUUUAUUUAGGCUUUUUAACUACCAGUUUGGUUUCCUUAAUAGAGACAGGGCUGUUUUGGUGACUUCUUCUGUAGUAAAUUUCGGUGUUUUAUAAUCAUCAGGUAACUGGAUUAUUUGCGUAAGCUGUUGAAUUUAUUUGUAUUAUCCCCCUGUUAUUUUGAAUAGCUACAUUUUGCGGUAUAGCCCUCUUUUAGUCAAGGUAUUUGUCACUGUGUCUUCUUGGUCUUUCAGUAGGGCCACUGAGAUGGCUCAUGGCCUAGGAUGCUUGCUGCCAUGUCUGAUGACCUCAGUUUGAUUCCCGGAAGCCACACAGUAGGAGAGAACUGCCUCCUGCAAGUUGUCCUCUGACUUCCACAACAUAUACAUGCAAAUGAAUGCUAAAAACACUUGUAUUUAAAAUCUAGGCAAUGUUUCCGGGCUAGAGUUUGGUCUUGCUAUAUUGGCGAGCUGUUCCGUUAGACUGUUUACUAUUUCAGGUUGCUGGUCUUCGUGCACACAGGUAACUAGUAUAAGUAUAAAGUGGCUUUGUUCAGUCAUGGGCUAUAGCAUUGCUCCCCAGAAUUGAUGGGGGCCUAUAGAAGAACUUUUGGAAUGGUGGGAACUUUGAGAACAUCAUUAUCUGGUCUGUGGUUAUAAUGGCAGAGUUUAAAGUCAGAGGGCCCCAUAGCUCCAGCGUCUCCUUUACUAGACACGUUAAUAAUCUUUUUAAAGCUGGCUGUUGUGGUGCGUCCUCUUGAGUGUGGAGGGCUCAAGCGUCCAUGUUACGUAUCCUAAGACUGGAUGAGGCCAUUAGGGAUCCUGGAGAAUAAAGGGAAUGGGGAGAGAUACAGGGGAUGAGAGGAGAAAGUGUCUUUGUUCCAGGGUCAGGCAUCCCGGUGCACAACAGCUUAGAACAGCAUAGGAAUUCUCACUCAGAUCCUUGCGCUCAGGAACAUGGAAAUGUCUUAGCUGUGAGGCUCUGGUUCAGGUACUCACAGGGCUGCGCUCUCUGAAGGCCUGUCUGUAGCGGAAGGAUCUGUUUGUACAUAUCUGUUAUACAGGAGCUAGCUUGUACAGCUGUUUUUCACUAUGCGGGUAGGAGUCCCCAUAGGCAGGCUGUGUGUUUUCACAAUAAAGCACCCGCUUCCCUCCUAGUGAUGAGUGACCCUAGGAAAACAAGCAAGGCAGAGAACCCAUGGCAUUAUUCAUAGUGAGGUGAUAGUUCGCUGAUCCCACAGAUAAGCAUGACACGACAAACAGGCCAUGAGAAAGUGUCACAGCCAGUGGAGUCCCUAGAACCAGGGUCUCAUGUAGUCCAGGCUAGUCCUAACCCCCUUUCUGUUUCCUAAAUGCUGGGCUCACCACCAUGCAUGGUGUGCAUCACCAUGCCCAGUUCCGGGAACCCUCCUCAAGAUGGCUCUCCUGGUGACACUCAAGGGAGCCUUGCUAAAGGCCAGGCUCGAGGAGCCAGCUCGAGAUGGUUUGGUACAGAUUUGGUUUGUAAAUAUUGGGAAUGUGUUGAGGAUUUACAUUAAGAACAUCAGUGAGGGGGCUGGAGACAGGGAGGGGGGGCACUUGGUCUUGCAGGAGACUCAAAUUCAGUUCCCAGCCCCUGUGGUGGGCAGCUCACAACCACUUGUAAUUCCACCUCCAGGGGACCUGAUCCCCAUCUGACCUGCCCUCAGGUAACACAUACCACUCUCCCCUGUAUACAUAAUUAAAAAUCAAAAAUGACUUUAGUUAGACCAAUUAAUAAUGUAUAUUCCUUCAACACUGAAGAUGACAGUGGGAACAUGGAUCUGUUUGGAGAUAUAGAUGACAUUUCCUCAGAGAGCGAUGAGGACCAGCAAGCACCUACUCCAAGACAGCCUGUUGUGAGUACAACUCCCAGUCACAACUGUUCACAGGACUGAAGGCUAAGAGAAAAGAUUCUAGGGGUAUUGAGUCUCUCAUGUUGAGAAGGGGGUGUGCUCAGAGAGGACGAAUGUGACAUUCUCAGCUGAGUUAGUCAUUUAGGGAAACAAUUAGAAGGCACAGGGGGAACCAUUAGAAUGAGAGCAGUGCCACACUUGAGGGGUGGGACUAUGGGACUGUUACCAUGGACACCUUUGAUUUAAAAGGUCUUCUUACCCAUGCUUAUGAUGUGCCAUGUGGGCAACAUUGCUGUUCUUUUCUGAUUUGGGGCAGUUACUUAGUAAUGAUGGGUUGAAUUAUUUAUACUCCUCCUGCAAAAUAGAAUAAUGGCUAUGCCAAGAAAAUAUAUUCAGGUUAACAUAUCUUAAUUUCCCCCAUGGAAUUUAUUGUUGCUUUUUUUCCUUGUGGGUGUGGUUGGGGUGAUGUUUUAGGGAGAGACUUGGAGGAAGGAGUGGCUGUCCCUAAAGUGUGUGUGACAUCACUUCCUUUCAGACCUGUGUCUGCCACUCGCAGAGCACAGCUGGGACCUUUGGAGUGUCUUGGAAACAGCAGGUGGAACGCAGCGUCUUUGAAACCAGAGUGAAAAUAGCAGUUCCCAGCAUCAACUCGGACUUGGGAAAUGAACUGUAUUUUGUUAAAUUACCCAGGUUUCUCAGGAUCGAUCCUAAGUAAGAGAACUGAAUAAAAGGUUCAAGAGAUUGAAAAGUGUAGUUUAUCUGUCAUGAGCCCAUAAGAUGACUGAGAACAAGAGAGUGUGAGGCAAUUGUGAGCUGUCGUAUGGGUGCCGGGAAUGGAACCCAGGUUUUCCAUGCUCUUAGCCACUGAGCCAUCUCUCCAGCUCCCCCCCCCCCCCCGAAGUUUGUUUUAAAAAGAAAUUUCAAGGCAGUAGUCAUUGGCAUACUUCCUGAGGGUUCUCAUGGAGUCACUUUUCAGCAGUGAUAUAUUGUUCUAGAGACGAUCGGUUUAUAGUCAUUCAAUCACUAAUUAUGACUAAUAUGGCAAAAAUUUAGACCGUUUGAUCCUCAGUAUUAUGAAGAUGAAUUUGAAGAUGAGAAGGUGCUCUGUGAGGAAGACAAAGCUAGGUUAAAAUUGAAGGUACUGUGCCAUCUUCUGCUCCAUUUCCUUGUAGUCCCCCCUCUCCUCAACCUCCGAGUAGCUGUGGCCACAGGCAUGCUCUACCAUGCCGGCUGAGUUCUUCCUCACAUUGUUUCUUAUGUUUAGUUCAGGAGUGUGAGUGCUUUGACUGCAUGUGUGUGUAUGUGCGCCACAUCUGUGUCUAGUACCUGCAGAGGUUGGAAGAGGUCAUCAAAUCCUCUGAAACUGGAAUUUGUGGAUGGGUGUGAGUCACCCUGUGGAUGCUGGGAACCAAAUCUGGAGCCUCUGAAAGAGCAUCAAGUGCUCUUAAUCUUAAGUCAUCUCUCCAUCCCCUGACUACUUUUUCCUUUAGACAGUAAACAGGGUGAUAAUGUGAGACUAGAGCUUAAGAACGUUCCUAACGUUUUCCACUUACUCAACAGACACCGCUAGGACACGGAGGUGAACCGGCUUUCCAGAUAUCUUUAGGGGAGUAAGCAUACACCUGUUCUCCCUCCUUUAGAAUUGACACUUUCCUAAUGUUUUCAGGGGUUUUGUUUGUUUGUUUUGUUUUUGUUUUUUUGUUUUUUUGAGACAGGGUUUCUCUGUGUAGCCCUGGCUGUCCUGGACCUCACUCUGUAGACCAGGCUGGCCUCGAACUCAGAAAUCCACCUGCCUCUGCCCAUCUCAGUUUAAGUUUUAACUUAAAUUAAACCUAUAUUAUAAUAUCGGUAUAGUAAGUAAAGGUAAAAACUGUUGAGACUCAUUAGCGUCCCUCAGGAUAAACAGUGGAAGGUUGGCCCCGCCUCCACACUCCCUCCCAUGUAUGUUCCAGCAACCUCCCACCACAUGACUGUCUCUUCAUGGAGACUGUGCACAGCAGCGGACCUUGCCAGUAGGGGAUUUCUCUUGAGAAUGUUGGGAUGACAAAGGACCACCAUUGUUCACACAUGGAGGGUAACGCUGGCAUGGGCUGUUUUUAGUGGUCUCUUUUGACUUGCAGUUCUCCACUUCAUGAGAUAAAUUUGGACUCAGAUUUUAAUUUGCUGGUAAUUGUUUUACCAUUCUUGAACAUCAUCAUCAUCCUCGUGUGUGUCUGUCUGCCUGUGUCAGUAGAUCGUGUGUGUGUGUGUGUCUGUGUGUGUCUGUGUGUGUGUGUCUGUGUGUGUGUGUGUGUCUGUGUGUGUGUCUGUCUGCCUGUGUCAGUAGAUCGUGUGUGUGUGUGUCUGUGUGUGUGUGUGUGUGUCUGUGUGUGUGUCUGUGUGUGUCUGUGUGUGUGUGUGUGUGUCUGUGUGUGUGUGUGUCUGUGUGUGUGUGUGUAUGUGUGUGUGUCUGUGUAUCUGUGUGUGUCUGUGUGUGUGUGUGUCUGUGUGUGUGUGUGUGUGUAUGUGUGUGUGUCUGUGUGUGUGUGUGUGUGUGUGUGUGUGUGUGUGUGUCUGCAAAGUCCAGAAGAGAGUAUCAGUUUCUCUGGAGCUGGAAUUAUAGAUGGUUGUGAGCUGUCUAAUAUGGGUGCUGGGAACUGCACCUGGGUCCUCUGAAAAAGCAACAAGUUUUCUUAACUGCUAAGCUAUCUCUCUAGCUCCUAGUUAGUUAGUCUUCCUUUCUUUAAAAAAAAAAAACAAAACAAAACUUAAAACUGUCAUAGAGCUUUUGCCAUUAGACUAAGAAAUCCUUUUUACUUAAAACAAAAACCAUUUAUCUGUGUGUGUAAGAACAUGCACAUGUAUGUGCACAUGGAUCAAAAACCAAUGUGCAGAAGUUCUCACAUCCUAUUACAUGGAUCCUGGGGACUCAACUCAGGUAGUCAGGCUUGGCAGCAAGCCCCUUUAUCCAGUGAGCCAUGGCACUGGCCCUGACACACACACACACACACACACACACACACACACACACUUUUUUUUUUUGGAAAAGGAGGAAUUUUAUUUAUUUAUUUUCUCAUACAUUACAUCCCCACCCACAGUUUCCCCUCCUUCCACUCUUCCUAGUCCUUCCUCCCAAAUUUGCCUCUUCCCAAGAUCCACUCUUCCUCCCGGGGAUACCAACUGAACAGGGCAUAACAAGUUACAAUAAGACCAGGCACCAACCCUCAUAUCAAGGCUGGACAAGGCAACCCAGUAGGGGGAAAAGAGUCCCAAGCAUGAAAGAGUCCGCAACACCCCCACUCCCACUGUUCGGAGUCCCCCGAGAACACUGAGCUAGCUAUACAGCCAGAAUGCAUAUGCAGAGGCCUUAGCUCAGACCGUACGGAUCCAUGAUUAUCUGAUCAGUUUCUGUGAGCCCCAGUGAGUUCCACCUAGUUCAUUCUAAGGGCUGUAUUCCCUAAGAGACACUUUUAAAGCCCCCCUCCCCCCCCAUUGGGCCCACAGUCCUUCCAAGAAAUUGUGUGUGUGUGUGUGUGUGUGUGUGCGUGCGUGCACUGAAAAUAGAACUGGGAACCUCAUAUACGCUGGGCAAGUGCUCUACCACUAUGUUACACCCUCAGUUGGUGUGGAUUUUGGCAGCUUACCUUGUGUGGACUAGCCUCUCUGUUCCUAUGGAGCUCUUAGCUGUGGUUUCAGGCAGCGUCCGUCUUAGCCUCCUCCCACUGCUCAGACCUAGGCCUCUGGAAGCGUGCACAGAGUGCCUGGUUAGCUACCACUCGUCCAGACGUCUGUCGUCAAUGAGUGGCAGAGCUGCGCAGUCAGCCACUUAUUACUUACUUUCUCUCUCUCUCUCUCUCUCUCUCUCUCUCUCUCUCUCUCUCUCUCUCUCUCUCUUUCUUUCUUUUUUUUGGUUUUUCGAGACAGGGUUUCUCUGUGUAGUCCUGGCUGUCCUGGAACUCACUUUGUAGACCAGGUUGGCCUCGAACUCAGAAAUCCACCUGCUCUGUCUCCUGAGUGCUAGGAUUAAAGGUGUGUGCCAUCAUGCCCAGCUAAUCAGCCACUUUCUUAUCACCCAUCAAUUUUUAGUGUAUGAUUAUGCAUUAUUAGAGGAACAAAGAACAUAUAGCUAGGUAAAUUGGUUGUCUAAUACCUUUCUAUUUUAAACCAGGUGGAAAAUACUAUACGCUGGAGGAUCUGCCGGGAUCAAGAAGGUUUUAAAACUAAAGAAAGCAAUGCUCGGAUAGUCAAGUGGUCAGACGGAAGCAUGUCCCUGCAUUUAGGCAAGGAAGUGUAUGAUAUCUGCAAAACCCCACUGCAGGACAAUCGAAACCACCUGUUUAUCCGGGAAGAUACUGGUCUCCGUGGUCAGGCCAUCUUUCAGUCCAGACUUACCUUUAGCAGACCUUACUGUAGAGACAGUGCCACAUAUAAGAAGAUGACCCUUUCAUUUGGGAACAGAAGUUCAAAGACGCAGAUUAGAAUCCUCCCGAUGGCUGAUCAUGAUCCUGAGUGGCUAUGCCCAGAUCUGAUCAAGAUGCAGAGAAAAGAACUGAGGGUAUCUACUCCCCGGAAAGUCCGUCUGCGGAGGAAGAGCAGGAGGCAGAAGCGGCAGCAGCGUCCAGGUCGGAGUUCCACCUUCCAGAAGCCUAACCUUGUUGUUGAGGAAGAGGAGGAGGUGGAGGGAGAAGAUGAGGAAGGCAAGGCCUCCAUCGAGGUUGCCACUAAAAGCCGUUACCAGGGCGCAGCCAAAAAGAAACAAGCCAUGUCUUCUUCAGAUUGCUAUCGUGAGAGACCAGGGGAAGAAAAAGCCAGAGGAUUACUCAAAGCAAAGAGAUUCGAGAGUGACCGAGGAGACAAACCCUCCAGAAGAAGACAAAGAAGAAAGAGGAGAGCUGAGAUGUAGCUGUGCACUGGUGUCUCGUACAGUCAAGUUGUUAGAUCCCUGUUUGUGCUGGGACUGAAUCUCGGGCUUUGUGCGCUGAACUGCUUCCUACUACUUACGUACAUCCCUAGCCCAUCAAGUCUAUCCAAGACAGAACAAUCGCUUUGACCUACAUGAAGCAAUGAGAUGGGCUAUGCAGAAACCCCUAGAUUCCAUUUUCAUUUCAUGUAUGUAUGUAUGUAUGUAUUAUGCAUCUUUUGUUUUGUUUUGUUUUGAAAUGAGCUCUCACCAUGUAGCCCUGGCUGGCCUGGAAUUCACUAGAUCUACCUGUCUCUACCUCCAGAUGGCUGGGAUUAACUGUGUGCGGCCCCACCCCCUUUAUUCUUUUAUAACAUUAUUUUGUGGUUGUCCAGUAAAAGCGUUUUGGCCACUACUAGCUCCAGAAAGCAUUCAGAUUCAUCUAGAAUACCCAGAGGUCCUUAAGUUCAGUUUCAGGCUCAGGGCUCCUACACAUGGUACCGAUCUGGAGCCUCUGAUAGAUCCAUGAACCUCUAGGCUAGCUCUACAGACCAUGAAAGGAAGCUUAACAUUUGAAGGGCAAAACUGUUUGGCAGUUUUACAUUACAGGUGGUUUAGCCAUGCAGACUUCAUCCCUGGGCUCUGCAGUUUUAACUGGGAUGCCUCAGGGAACACUCAGGGAGCACUGAUCGGCCCCGCCCAUAGCGCUCUCGGCCUCUCACACUCAGGAGAGCUGCACCUUGGGCUGCAUGAGUUUUCAUGACUCACCAUCCCUAGAGGAUAAACACGGCCAUUUUUAUUUAUAAAACACUGAUUUCAGCCAGGUCUGGCUGACUUACAGCUCAGGCUUAAUUGCAGCAUUUGAAAGAUUGAGGCAGGAGGACUACUUUGAGUCUGAGGCCAGCCUGGGGCCGUUAGUAAUGUACUUCAAGGCAAUUACUGAAUGUACUUGAACCAAAAAUAAUUUCAUAUGUUCUAAUUUACACACACUCUUGUCUUUCCAUAAAACUAAAUUGGCGUAUACAAAAGACAUGUUUUGCAGUAAGGCAAAGGACAUUGGGCGUCAGUCACCCCACACCCCACCCUCAGAGUCAGUGAAACCUCUUAUGGACAGACCCAACUGCAUACUGAUACAAAGAUGGCCUACUACUGACCAUUCUGCAUGGUUCAACCCUGGCAGUACAGGCUACAAAUUGGGUGGCUCCAACAGACUUAAUGCCUCACAUCCUAACACCAAGGCUUAGUCCUAGUGAGGGCUUACAGAUGGCCAGCUACCUUCUUGCUGCUCCUAAACAACCAUGAGUUCUAUGAUGAGAGUCACUUUGGGGACCUUGUAUACUCUCACUUGCCUUCCAGAUGUCCAUCUCCAAAUCCCACCACUACUCCCAGUCGGGGCUUCAGCACAGGAAUUUGGGGAGGAUAAAAAUAGAGUCCAUAAGGCAGGAAAGAGCAUCUCAGGGGAAUGAAUAAGCUUUAUCUUUUACUAAUAAGUCAGCUUAGCAUACAGAGCAGGGUUUCCCAGUGGCAUCUUCAUACACAUGGUAUUCUCUGUUCCCAUUCACUCUCCUCACCACAGUAAGCUUGUUCCUGGAGGAGCCAUAAGGAGUGAAUGUCAGGUCCUAAAACUAAAGAGAUUAAAAAAAAAGUCUGAAUAUAGGAUAUUUGAUGAACUUUAUAAAGCUACUUAUUUCAGUAUGCAAUGUUUAAAUGCCUAUGGUCUAGUCUUCAAAAGAAACUUUAUUGUGUUAUAAACUGUGCGGGUAAUACUUGUUAUUUAAAUGUCAGAAAAUUAAUUGCUUUUCCACUUAUAGAACAUUUCAAGUGUUUUGAUAUGUUAGUACGAGAAGAACUUUAAUACUUGACUUCAGAGGACAGAGAAAUACACAGUGCCACAAAGGCCUGUUCAGGCUUCAAACAAAACCAAGACAAAUGUAACUGGUGAAUAAGACUGAGACAAAUAAAGUGGGUAUGUGGAAUCA